AUAUAGUAUAUCACCACUCACCUACACAUCUUGGUCAUACACUUCACUCGGUAGUAUACUCCAAGCUAAGCUUAGCACAAACAUGGCGAAACUCAUCUUCCUCCUCGCAAUGGUGGCAUUUGCAUCCACCCUCCUCGUAUCCAUCGCCGGCGCAGCCGACAACUCGACCUCGCCGUCGUCGCCGUCGGCCGACCCGACGGCGUACGACAUGCUGCAGAGGUUCGGGUUCCCCGUCGGCAUCCUCCCGCAGGGCGUGCAGGGGUACAAGCUCGGCGACGACGGGUCCUCCUUCGAGGUGUACCUCGCCGGCGACUGCGAGUUCCGGGCGGCGAAGAAGUACGUGCUCCACUACAGCAGCCGCGUCGCCGGCCAGAUCGCCGCCGGCUCCAUCACCUCCCUGGAGGGGGUGAAGGUGAAGGAGGCGUUCGCGUGGUUCCGCAUCUCGGAGGUCGACGUCGACGGCGACCAGAUCAAGCUCCACGUCGGCCUCUACACCGCCACCGUCGCCGCCGACCAGCUCGCCGUCAGCCCCCAGUGCAACUGACGGCCGCCGGCGAUCGAUUGAUUCAUCAUUUCUCUUAAUUAAUUUGUUGCAGUGUUGUUUAUUUGAUGUGUUCAAGUAAGAGUAAUCAAUUACGUCAUUUUGUUACUGUCACGGGAGGUACUGCGAGGUACCAACGAGAUUAAUUCACGAUACAUACGUCGUGGUACCUCCUUAGGAAUUGUCAGAAGAAGAUUGUAAUGGGUUAUGUUGAGAGCUGCGAUAAUUUGAGAGAGACGAUGGAAAUGGGUGGUGAUGUUUUAUAAGAACUUUAAUACAUGGGGAGAGAAAAUUUUGUGUGCA